AUGACGUUCACCAAAAUGAGAGUUUUAAUGUGUUUACUUGCAAUUUUGCCAGUCUGUCAUGGAGCCGUCCGUGAUACCUAUAGAAGAAGUAAAACAUCCUACAAUACAAAUUCUAUGCUUCGAUACAAACGAAAUGCGCCGUGUAGAUAUUGGCAAGAAGAAUUCAGAUGCAACGACGGCACGUGCAUAACAGCGCACAGGAAAUGCGACGGUGUCAUCGACUGCCCUGAUGCAUCCGAUGAGACUUAUUACCUCUGCAGAGAUGUUAGAUGCCCCGACUAUUAUUUUCGCUGCACAUAUGGAGCCUGUGUUGAAAAAACAGCUCUGUGCAAUGGCAUUUCGGAGUGUGCUGAUAAUUCUGAUGAACUACAUGUUAAAUGCCGAAAUGUUACCAAUAUAAUAGGGAGUCAGUUUAAAUGCGACGACGGUAAUCUCAUAGAGCUGUAUCUGCAGUGCGAUGGGAUCUUCCACUGUGGAGACGGUUCGGACGAGACUUCGAUCACUUGUUCAGGUGUCACGUGUCCGGCGAAUUUCUUUCAAUGUGCUUAUGGCGCUUGUGUUGACUCACAGGCUCAGUGUAAUAAUACAAUAGAAUGUGCGGAUGGCUCGGAUGAAUCUAACAUUCUUUGUAACAGAAGAGACCAGAAACGUAUCUCCAUUAAAUCUUCUACAAUUACGCCUAUACAAAGACAAAACACAAAUCUGUGCGUACUCCCACCACAUCCUAAGAACGGAAUGUUUAUAGAAAACGGUGUAUCUUCUAUAUAUCGACCUGGUACCAUUGUGAAGGAUUUCUACCUCAAUGUAACUUGUCAGCCUGGGUAUAAAGUCGUUGGGGGUAACUUCAUCAUCUGCCUUGAUGGUUUCUCUUCUCCAAACAGACUGCCGACUUGUGCUCGUGCCUGUAAACUCGAGGAGUCACCCAGUGUCACAUACCGGUGUCUCAUCACACAGAAAGGGUUUGAAGGUACCCGAGAAUGCAAUGAGAUGGAAGUAGAAGGAACUGUUGUGGUACCAAAAUGUUCGUCGCCUAACUACUAUAGUUCCAUAGCUCUGUCUAACAUGUACUGUGUUAAUGGUCGAUGGAACUAUGAGCCCAAAUGUCAACCAGAAUGCGGUACCCUAACCCCUAGAGCCGAACCCUUGGUAGUGGGAGGUAAAAUUUCAGAAAGGGGUGAAAUUCCAUGGCACGUGGGCAUCUAUAAAAAGACAAUCUCUGGAAAAUAUCAACUAAUUUGCGGGGGGUCCCUCAUAAGCAGAAACAUCAUCGUAUCAGCUGCUCAUUGUUUCUGGCUAGAAGGAUAUGGGAUGCUACCUGAAGAAGAAUUCGCCGUCGCAGUGGGAAAGUUAUAUAGAGAAUGGAAUCAUCCCCGUGAUGAACUAUAUGUCCAGAAAUCUGAUGUCAAAAAAAUUAUUCUUGCACGCCGUUUCCAUGGAAUUGAAUUAAAUUAUCAAAAUGAUUUGGCUGUGAUUAUUGUGAAAGACCCAUUCGAUUACAAACCGUAUAUCAGACCUCUUUGCUUAGACUUUACCGUUCCUUUCUAUGAAAAUCAAAGGCGACAUGGAGACUUGGGAAUUGUAGCAGGAUUUGGUCUUACCAAGGAUCACAAGGGGUCCGAAUCCCCCAUCCUCAAAGUGGUGGACAUGCCUUACGUUCCCUUCGAGGAGUGCCUUGAUAAGACCCCUAUCGAAAAUGCCGAGUACAUAACCAAUGACAAAUUUUGCGCUGGGUUCGGAAAUGGUACUUCAGUGUGCAAAGGGGACAGUGGGGGCGGAUGGGCAUAUGGUAUUGUUAUCGAUGGUACCUUACGGUACUUUUUGGGAGGGGUCGUCUCCACUAGCCCUUUCUCUUACGAUGGAUCUCAGUGUAAUAUCUACGCAUUAACAAGUUUUACGGAUGUUUUCUAUCAUUCUCCUUUAAUUAGGCGUUAUUGGAUGCCU